AUCUCCUCUCCGCUCAUCCGCUGCAAAUCCAGACAAAACCCAAACACCGGGCCGCUCCCAUGCCUUGUCAUAUAUUUUUAACCAUCGAAUGAAGCGGCGUCAGAACAAGGCACUGGCUUGAAGCCAUCAAACAGCAGUGUCCAAUUGUUGCGGUCGAACAUUGCACCGUCCCUCUUCAUGGCUUCAUACCUCAGCUUCAGACAAAAACCGUUUGCCAAAAGUGACAGGGAUAACGAUUUUGACGCUCGUUAGUAUGUUCUGCCCCCGCAAAACUGUAUCUAUCCCUUGGAUACUCCAUGAAAGGCAUCCCUCAUUAACAUUUUCGCUCAUCUCUUCGAGGGCAAGCCACCCCAUGGCGUCUCCGGCUCAUCUGGACUUCCUCUGCCGGUUCAUCUGCUGAAUGCGGAAAUUUGAACGAUAUAUAAACAUUUUCUGAACUCUUGAUUCUUGAAACCAUCAAAACUCAUCAUUAGCUUUCUCAUGCCCAAAUCACCAUGACAUCUCCUCUGUUCCUUGGCCUCGACGCAUCCACGCAAUCCCUCAAAGCUUCGCUACUCUCAGUCAACCUGGAUGUAGUCGCCGAAUGUGCCAUCCACUUUGACUCGGACUUGCCUCAAUUCGGUACAAAAGGAGGUGUACAUUUCGGCUCAGAUGGUCAAGUUCAUUCGCCAGUAAUGAUGCUGGUCGGAGCGAUGGAUUUGCUUUUUGACAAGAUCAAAAUCGCCGGCUGGAAAGUCGACGAUAUUCGAGGCGUCGCAGCCGCCGGACAGCAACAUGCUUCCGUUUACUGGUCUAAAACUUCCCCAAAGAUCCUUGCUUCUCUAAAUUCCUCAUUGCCCUUAUCUUCACAGCUCGUCGAAGCCUUUUCUCGACCUAUUAUCCCCAACUGGCAAGAUUCCUCCACCACUGCCGAAUGUCAGGCACUCGACGCCGCCGUUGGUGGCCCAGCUGCACUUGCACAGCUUACUGGUUCUCGAGCAUAUGAACGAUUCACUGGUGCCCAAAUCAUGCGUUUCAAGCGGGUCGAUCCUGUCGCAUACGAUCAGACUGACCGAAUUGGCCUUGUCAGUAACUCAGUGACCACUCUGCUCUGCUUGGAUGGCGAAGUCAAGGGGAUCGACGAAAGUGAUGCUUGCGGGAUGAAUCUGUGGACUAUGAACAGAAAACAGCGAGGGUGGAAUCAGGAAUUGCUGAAGGCAAUCGCUGGUGAUGAUGGGGCGGCAGAGCUUUCCAGGAAACUAGGGACAGUGGAGACGGAUGGAGGUAGGGUUGUGGGGCGUAUAGGCAAAUGGUUUGUUGAUCGGUACGGGUUCAGUUCAGAAUGCUGUGUGUUCCCUGGCACCGGGGACAAUCCAGCUACAUUUUUGAGCUUGACUUUACGCGAAAGUGAAGGUCUAGUCUCUCUUGGCACUUCUGAUGUUGUCCUCAUUUCCACAAGCGCCUACCACCCUGAUCCCGACUACCACGCAUUCUUUCACCCGGCUCAGAUAGCACCUCCUAGUGAGCAAGACGAUCAAAACAGACAAGGAGCAGAACCUCUGAGAUAUUUCAACAUGAUCGUUUAUAAGAAUGGCUCUCUUACCCGACAACAUGUGCGAGAUCUCUACUUUGAUGGAUCAUGGGACAAGUUUAAUGCGGCAAUUGAGGAACUACGCCCCAAGUCAGUCAUCGACCUUCCUUCUCGUACAGCCUUCUGGUGGCUUCUCCCAGAUAUCGUGCCACACGGUGCACAUGGUAUCUACAAAUACAUAACCGAACCUACUGCUGGGACGCUCUUCGAAGUACCAGCUGCUAAAAAGGUCGACCAAUUCCCAGACAUCAGGCAAGAAGCCCUCGCCCUCCUCGAAUCCCAACUUUUCAAUUACCGUUCCCGCGCCUCCGUCAUCCUUGACGACUCUUCCACCCCAUACGACCCUUCCUCUCCCAAUGUCGAUGCUUUCCUACCUCGUUUGACCAAGGUAUACGCCACGGGCGGAGCCAGCGCUAACCGUACUAUCUUGAGUUUGAUGGCGGAUGUAUUAUCGACAAAGGUGUGUAAGAAUGUAGAGUAUCUUGAUGGGAAAUGGAAAGAUGCCGAUUGGAAUGCCUGUAGUGUCGGAGUGGCGUACAAGGCUCGUUGGGGAUGGGAGCGAGUGAUAGCAGCUGAUGGAGAUGAGAGGAAGUGGGUUGGGUUUGACACGGUAAUCAGGGAAUGUAGAGAGGCGAGAAAGAAAAUCCGAGGUGAUGAAGGGAGGGGAUUGGAAUUGGAAGAAGAAGGUAUCAGGAUUGUAGCCAGCCCAGGGCCUGGAUCAAGGGCGUAUGAGAGAAGGAUUGAGUGGUGGAGAGAGCUGGAACGCAAAGCGUUGGCGGAACAACGAGCUGAAAAGACCGCGUGACAACAUGUAUAAUCCUUUUCUGCUACAAUUGUAGCAAAAAACACGUAAUCUGUGACGUGCACUAAUUAGUACAGAAUAUUCACAGACAUAUUCUAAUAUAAGUAAUAAAGAAAAAAACUUUGGAAGAGCC